AUGAAUGGUACACUUCCAGGAUUUUCUUCUGGUAGCGGACGACGUAUCGAUCCUCUCUCGGAGGAGUCAAUUAACAGAGCACGAUCCUUUUUUGAAGAAGAACGUAAAGAUCCAAAGAAUCUUCCCGGAUUUUCUUCUGGUAAUGGACGCUACGUAAGUCCAGUUUCAGAAGAAUCACUUAACAGAGUACGAGGCCUUUUUGAUGAAGAUAUCCAUAAAGACUCAGGAAAUUUAUCGGGAUUCUCUUCAGUUAGCACUCCAAAAAAUCUCUCUGGAUUUUCUUCUGGUAGUGGACGUUCCAUAAGUUCACUUUCGGAAGACCAACUUAAUAAAGCACGGCGUCUUUUUGAUGAGGAAGUUUGCAAAGAAAGCUUUUCUUCUCCUAUAACUCAAAAAAAAUUAUCUGGAAAUACUUUAAAAAGUCUGUCGAAAUCACAUUCAAAUUACAUACAUAAAUCGAUCACCCCCAAGAAAACUGUCGAUAAAAAUUCUUUGCAUACGCCAAAAAAAAGAAAAAUAUUACAUCAAAACCCAAAUAUUGUAAACAGUAAAGCUUGUUUGUCCGUGGAACGGCACAUAAUUAAUUCAUCGGAUGCAAAUAGAAAACUAUUUGAUCUGACAUCACCAUCGAAAAGAUACAGGCUUCAGGACAUUGUAAAUAAUUAUCCCCUUAAUAUCUCUGCAACUGAAUUGAAAAAAAUCGGAAUACCUUCCGAAAUUAUUACUAUGAUACCCGCUAGCGCCCUUUCAUAUCGAUUCAUCUUAUUUGAGGAUCAACAAUGCAAAAGUUCCGAAGGUUUAUCAACUUGGGGUGCACACGAAGCAUUUACUUGUCUUAUUGAACGUGGAGCGAAUCCAAAUCUCAUCGAUGAUCGUUGGGUGUGCAAUCAUUACCAAUGGAUUUUGUGGAAAAUUUCUGCUAUGAUUCGGUCUUUUCCGCAUAGAUUUAAUAGUUGGUGGUGUCCCGGUAAAAUACUCGAACAAUUGCGGUAUAGAUAUGAAAGAGAGAUUAAUUGUGCGCAUCGUUCUGCGCUUAAAUUAAUCAUAGAAGGAGAUGGAAAUGCAAGUUGGCCAAUGGUUUUAUGUGUAUCUAAUAUAUUUGAAGAUCCUGACGUUCAAAUAGAGGUUUCAUCAGAAAACAAAGCUGGAACAUGUCAAAUUAAAUACGGCCUUGAGUUGACAGAUACAUGGUAUAAAAUUCGGGCCAGUGUCGAUCAACCGCUUCAGCGUGCUAUUAUGAGAUCAAAAAUACGCAUCGGAUGUAAAUUAGAAAUAUAUGGGGCCAAAAUUAUAGGGGGGUCCGCCGGGAUACCUGCUCUCGACAUAUCGAACUCUUCCAUUCGCUUAGACAUUUCGGCAAACUCUACUAAACUUGCUCAUUGGGAUGCAAAAUUAGGAAUCGGACGAUUUCGUUCGUACGCAUUAUUACAAAGCCUUUCACCUGAUGGUGGAUUCAUUCCUGCGAUCGAUGUAAUAAUUCAACGGAAGUAUCCUUUACUUUUUCGUGAGACGAUGAAAGAUGGAACUGCUAUUAUACGUAAUGCAAGGGGUGAAGAAAAUGCCAUGAAAGAACACGAGGUGAAAUUUAAUACAUUGAUUGAGUCAUUGAUGACUGAAUUUGAGAAAUCAUACGAUGAUGAUUUAAAAAAAGUAAAUCGAAAACGAUCAUCGAGAGAAGAACUUAAAGACAUUACAGCUGGUGAUGAGCUUUAUGCCUUUAUUCAAAAUAAUGGCGAUAUGUCCGAAUUUUCCCAAGAAUUAAGUUCCUUACAGAUUGAAAGACUUCAUGAAUACAUCCAACGGAAAAAUGAAGAAAAAGCAGUCAAGAUGAAUCAAUGGAUUUCUGAACAAUCUUUGUUUCUAGAAAAUAAACGUACUGUUACAACUUUUUUUAAGGUUCGCGUGUGUGAUUACCAUCCAUAUUCAUCAUCACUGGUUCGUGGACGUGAUGCUAUAAUCACCAUUUGGAAUCCUGACGAAUUUUUGGUUAAUUAUUUGCAAGAAGGACGACGAUACAAGAUAUACGCAUUAACAGUAGCAAAAAACCAAGUACACCCAUUACUGGAAUUAUUGCCGAUACGAUUGAUGUCAAUUAGAGGGUCAACUAUUUGGAAAGAAGCUCCAACAGAAUCGAAUAUUAUUACACCAUAUAUACCACGAACUGUUACACUUUGCAGUGAACUUGAUAAGAUGAAAUACAAUGAUGAAGUCGACAUAGUUGUAAUACCUUUAGUUGUAGGAGAGCCUUAUUCUGGUGAUAAAUUCGGAAAACAAAUCCAACUUCAAAACAUUUUAGCACUUGAUAGUAGUGAACAAAUAGUGCAAAUAGAAGUAAAAGAUUCAAUAUCAGUCGGUAUGGGCAAAGUAUUAAAGCAGCCCAUGAAUAUUCUCGCUUUCAGCAACUUGCGAUAUCGUGACUAUGACCCGAAGUACGCGGUUUACAUUUUAUCGUCAUGCGAUGAAACUGAAAUCAAGAUAUCAUCGCGUGAACCAUAUUUAAGACAGGCUAUGGACGAGUUAGAAAAUUGGAAGACAAACAACGCUUCGAUUAUUUCCGAGUAUGAAGCAACCGCAGCGGAGCUUUGCACAUUUUACUCUCAUACUGUAGAAGGCUGUAUCUCUUUGACUAAUGGUCAAGGUAGAAAGUAA